AGAAAUACACCCGGAAAUGAGUGCGUCGUUGUUUUCAAUCCCCUGAAUGUUCAACAUGAAGGAAGCAAACAUGUCUUUGCCUUUGAGUGUCGGGGAUCUGCUGAAGGCGGAUCUCCAGGAGGACCCCCUGUACCGGGACGACGGCCUCUGUGUGGUCGGUGUUUUCGGUAAAAGCAACAUGCAGUCCGGGCCGUCGAAGGAGUCUCUGAUCAACAUUCUGGCGGACAAACACAUGUUCACAAUGUUCGGCGGACCGGAGGACGGCGGCACCGCGGACAGCCACAUCCAGGCUUUCUACAACCAGGAGAGCCGGGUGCUGUACCUGCUGCUGUCCUCCGUCUGCGACAGCCGGCAGCUGCUACGGGCCUGCCAGUCUCUGAGCGCCGGAACCGGACACUCCGACACCCACGACUUCUGGAAAAGCCUGGACCGACAGCACUGCCUCCACCUGCUCUACAUGUUCUCCGUCUGCCACGUCCUCCUGCUCGUCCAUCCCAACCAGACCUUCGAUGUGACCUACGACCGGCUCUUCCGAGCCCUGGAUGCCCUGCGACAGAAGGUCCUGCCUCUGAUCCGGGCUGCCAUCAAAGACUGUCCGGUGUCCAAAGAGUGGAAGGUGAACUGUCGGCCCUGCCCUCCACGCCUGCUCUUCGUCUUCCAGAUGAACGGCUCUCUGAAGGUGUCUGCAAAUGGCUCUGGAGAGUCUGGAGUAAACCCCGACAAGCCCAAAAAGCACUCUCCCAGGAGGAGGCUGCAGCACGCCCUGGAGGACCAAAUAUAUCGCAUCUUCCGUAAAAGCAGGGUCCUGACCAACCAAAGCAGCAACUGCUUGUUCACUGUUCCCGCAAACCAAGCGUUUGUGUAUGUGAUACCAACAGUAGACGAGGACCCCGUAGGUACUUUGAUUGGUCAACUGCGGUCUAACUGCAUCUUGUGUGACCAAGACGCCACGCCGACGGUGUCAGGGCCGAGGCGUUACCAGCAGAUGCGGCGUUCGGCUCGGCAGUCCGGCUUCAGCAGCGACUUGAGUAGCAUGUUGAUGGGCGGUCAGGUGGUGGACUACACCUUGAAGGAAUUCCUCUGGCAGCACGUAGAGCUGGUGCUGACCAAGAAAGGCUUUGACGACAGCGUCGGCCGCAACCCACAGCCCUCACACUUCGAGCUGCCGACAUACUCCAAAUGGGUCCAGGUCGCCUCCAGACUCCACCAAGUCCUAAUUAGCAACACAGAAGAAGAAUCAGCGGAGCUCGCCACGAAAGUGCAAGGCCAGCUGAAGGUUUUGGAUGCAUUUCUCGAUGCGGACACAAAGUUCUCUGAGAACAGGUGUCAGAAAGCUUUGCCACUGGCUCACAGUGCUUACCAGUCCAACCUUCCCCAUAAUUACACCACUACAGUGCACAAAAACCAGCUGGCGCAGGCUCUGCGGGUGUACAGCCAGCAUGCCCGAGGUGUGGCUUUCCAGCGCUAUGCGCUGCAGCUUCAUGAGGACUGCUACAAGUUCUGGAGCAACGGUCACCAGCUGUGUGAGGAGCGAAGCCUGACGGACCAACACUGUGUGCACAAGUUCCACCUGCUGCCUCAGCCAGGAGAGAAGCCAGACAUGGAUCGCAACCCACCCAUCCUGAACCACAACAGCAGGGGACGAACCACAAGCUCCUGUAACUGCGGCAGGAAACAGGCUCCUCGUGAGGAUCCGUUUGACAUCCAGGCUGCCAAUUAUGACUUCUACCAGAUGCUGGAGGAGAAAUGUUGCGGGAAGCUGGAGAGGAUUGAGUUUCCGAUGUUCCAGCCCAGCACUCCUGACCCAGCCCCAGCCUGCAACCAAGCUCAACGACCCCCAUGUGAGGCCUCGGGAGCUGGUGAGGGAGAGAGGCUGAAGGAGCCAAGCACAGUCCCGAGCCACACACUGGGAGACACCAGCCUCAGCCUGGCUCUCAGUCUGGGCCAGUCCACGGACAGCCUGGGGCCCUAUGGAGACGGAGAAGGAACCGACACCCAAGUCCAGCAAAAGAGGCCAAGCCUUGUUGACCGCCAGCCCUCCACCGUGGAGUACCUCCCGGGUAUGAUGCACACUGGCUGCGCUAAAGGCCUGCUACCCAAGUUCUCCAGCUGGUCGCUGGUCAAACUGGGUCCAGCUAAGUCAUACAACUGCCACACCGGUCUGGAGCAGCCAGGCUUUCUACCAGGCUCUUCCUUCCUCUUGCCUUGGGACUUAGUGAUCCGGUCUCGGUCAGAGGAUGACGCAGGACUGACGGAGCCUCUGGAUGGAGGUACCUCCUCAUGGCCAGCUCCCAACAAGAACCUGGUGGGAAAGCGAGGGAGCACUGGAGGGCUCGGUAGGAGUCGCAGGAGGGACGAUAUGGCUCGGGUCUUUGUGGGGUUUGAGUAUGAAGACGGCAGGGGAAGACGCUUCAUUAGCUGCGGACCUGAUAAAAUAGUGAAGGUGCUGGGGCCCGGGGGCGCCAAAGAUCCUGCCACCAGGGUGUUAAACACAGACAUGCCGCUGUACAUUCCUUCCCCUUCACAGGCCCGCGGCCUGAAGCCUCACUUCGCCCAGCUGACUCGCCUUUAUAUUGUGGUGCCUGAUACCCAGCUGGAGGUUACCCUCAACCCACAGGUACAGCCUGGUCCUCCUCCCUGCCCAAUUUUCCAUCCAGAGAAGACGGAUUUAGUGUUACCGCCUGACGGUCUUUGGGUGCUGCGGUUCCCUUAUUCCUACGCAACAGAUAACGGCCCCUUAUACCCCCCCAAAGAGAACCAACCACUCAACAACUACAAGGUGCUGCGAGGCAUCUUGAAAGCCACCACUGCUAAUCCUCCACCACAAUGAACCUGCCCCACACCUUCACCUUCCUGGACCCACUCUUAUUUAUUUAUACCUACUCGUAUACCUAAAUACCCCUAAACCUCUUCAGCCCUCAUCAGGUCAAAAUCUGACCUGAUCAACACUUUCGUCCAUGACAAGCAUGUUAGAAAUAAUAAUUAAUCAAUAACUAAACUAAACUAAAUGUGCUGUGGAUAUUCACAGUCCACAGAUUGAAUCCCAUUCAUUUAGAUUGUUGAUUUUGAGAAUAAUUCAAACAAAUUUACUUCACACGUUCAUGCUCCCCAGAGGAAGAACCCGUUCUGUAGUCCCAUCCAAACUAAACUUUAAAAUCAUCAGUAUGGCAUUCGUUCAAACACGUUUUGGGUAUUGUAGGCUGAAAUGGACAUUGUAGCCCCCUGCAGCCGUUAGCAGAGCUUUAAGUGGCCAACAUACUUCUUCAGAAGUGCCUGUCAGACUUAGGAAACCCCUAACAUUUUAACAGUGUCUGACAAUAUCUGUAACUUUCUGAAACCAACUAGCUGACAUUCACGUAGCGACUGGCGUGAUACAGUUCUCUCUGUCACUUUUCAUGUGAACAAAGUGAAUGGCUUCCAGGAGGCUUACCAACACACCAAGUCAUCAGUCUGUUGUCAGGUUCCACUGGGCCGUCGUUGAGCGCCUGUGACUGACUCUUGCCCGUUGGCUCUUGCCCGUUGGCUCUUGUUGUCCCUUGUCAGCAAUUGUUUGGCAGUUUGAGCAUGUUAAAUCAGCGUCAGAGGCAGCCUGUGUGAGAGAGAGCUGUGUGAUUGUCUCUUCGGCCUAGCCAGUUGAUAAGAAGACCUUGGAUGCGGAAUAUUCAGUGUAACUUUUUAACAGUAAGCCUGCGUUAGUACAGCAAGCGCAUCUUUUCCUCUGUUUCACCUGUCCAUACUGACUAAAACAGCAUUUUUUUUCUCCACAAAACAGAGCUUUUGUGUGUAAAUCUUGUAAAUGAUGACGUAAGCCUCCAAGUGAGGGUACGGGGCUAUGUGGUAGUAAAGUUAAGAAGAGUUCUCUGUGAUCAUUCAUUUUAAAUGCCAUCAUAGUCGUCGUGGACGGAGAGGAAAAGAUGGACUUAACGUGGACGUACUGUUGUGAAUAAUAACGGUCAGCAGCGGUGAAUUAAAGUAACGAUUAAAACAGAGGCUGAAGUUGAGUGUCAGGAAUUAAUUCUUUGGCAAUAUUUUACUGUAAGUCCCCCCCAUUUACCAUUUAUAAGCAGAAUAUGAAGGUUUUAAUAAAUGGUCAUAGCUAUCACUUUAAUGUAGUUGUAAACAGAUAUAAGUGCUUAUUAAUAUAUUUAUCAACAACUAUAACUCAUCCUGUGAGCAAGUGGAGGCUGCUGUUUGAACAUAUCAUAAAUGACAACAUAAAAAAGUUUAAAUAAUAUAAAAUAUGCGGAAAGAGGAGACAUUUGAAUUGUUAACAAAUAUUGUAAAUUAAUAAAAACCUUUUUUCAAAGUUAUAUCUGCGUACAAAUACAUUAUAGUGUGUUAUACACCUUAUGUCACCGUAAUUAAAUGUUUGUAAACUACUUAAAAAUGUGAAAUAGGGAGACGCAAGUGUUGCCUGUAUUCUGCAUCAGGUGUAUGUGCACUACUUCGCCGGACACACCUGAUGUUUUUCUGUAAAUAAAGAUAACAAACUGGC